UUAUAAUCGAGUGACCGGUCAACAUCCAUUCUGCUCCUAAAAAUAGCUUUUUAUUUCAAACGUUCCCAAAAUGAGUAGCUUCGACUCUGUCUCUGGCUCUGGCUCUGACUCUGAGUCUGACUCUGACUCUGACUCUCAGCCCAGAUGCAUUGACUCAAGUCUGUGUGAAAUCAAAAAAAGGACGGAGUUGUUGGCCAAAAAGAAGGUAGUCCUAGAGCUGUACUCUUGUUUCUUGAGCGGAUGGACUUAUUACCCCGGCGACGAAGAACGUAAGCUCGAUAAGAUGAUUGUCGUAAAGCUAUUGGAACACUUGGACACAAAAGAUGUGGACGAUCGCACAUAUGUACAGUCUCUGUUGCUGCGCAUCUAUAUAAAGUUUAAAUAUUUGCGUGAAUUUAUUCUAAAACAGUUUAACGAUGUAUUCAAUCGAUUUACUUUCGAAUCAAUUGAGUGUCAUUGCAUCACAGAACUUCUGGAUAUUUAUUACGAUAUAAUCAAGGACUAUUCGGCGCCACUAAAAACCAAUGAGGAGCAAGUGCUGCUUAAGGUCUUAUUGCCUUUGCACAAACCCCAAUCGAUGCCAAGUUAUUUCUCUACACUAAUAUAUUGCAUUAUCGAAUUUCUCCAAUCGAACCCAUCUUUGAUUCAACGAUAUGUCACUGGUUUUCUGAGACUGUGGCCAAAGACAGCCUAUGACAAGGAGACUUUGUUUCUGACCGAGAUUGCCAGUAUUCUGGUAAUACAAAAUGAGGAAGAGGUUACGAAAGUUCUGGAGCCGGCGUUUAAACAAAUUGCUAAAUGUUUAUCCAGUCAAAGCGCUAAGAUAGCUGAGCAGACUCUCAAUUUAUGGGAAGACGAGGAUUUAUUGGAGCUUAUGAGGGAAAACAACGAGGUCAUCAUGCCCAUUAUAUUUCCAUCACUAUAUUUCAUGAAGAAAAUGCAUUUGAGUCAAAGAAUCCAGGAACUCGUCAGCACUGUUAUGAAAGAGUUACUGAUGAUGAACAGGGAGCUGUUUCUAAGCCUAACUAUUGAACAAAUACGCGCAGAACAAAAAAAAACAGAGCCUUCAAAUCCGCCAUAGAUAAUGACACUGGGAGCAAGGCUCGAUGGAAGUCCAAACAUUGAAGAGAAUGUUAUAUAUUUUGUUACUUUU